UGGGGUCAAUCCAUACAAAACCAGCUGUUACUUAUUAUUCUUCUUCUCUCCAACACCCAUGAACAAGAUCUGGUUUUCUAUCUCUUUCUCACAGGCCCCCAUCUUUUUAUCUUCUUCUCUUUUGUUUUCUGUUCUUCUAUACAUGCCAAAAUUCACACCCUUUUGAAACUUACACCCUCAAAGAUCCAACCAAGAUUCACUUAAUUGUAAGCCUCUUGAAUCCUUAAACCACUGUUUACUUGUUGGCUAAUCGAUAAAUCAUAAGUAAUGGGGAGAAAAGGCAAUUGGUUAUCGUCGAUUAAAAAGGUGUUGAGUCCAAGCUCCAAAGAAAAGAAAAAUCAGAAAUCAAAGAAGAACGCAUAUGCGGAUGAUAAAUCGUUAGAACCACCUGUUGCUCCAAUAGUAGCUCCAACAGUGGCUCCGAAUCCUCCGAUAGUAGAACCUGAUAAUUCUCAUCAGAUUCCGCCACUGGAAGAAGUGAAACCGAUUGAGGUGGAGGAUGAGCAGGCAAAACAUGCCUAUUCAGUUGCGGCAGCAGCUGCCGCUGCAUCUCAGGCUGCUGCCGCCGCUGCCCAGGCUGCUGCUGAGUCUGUUCGACUCGCUGAGUUGACUCGGUAUUCAGGGAAAUCAAAGGAGGAAGUAGCUGCUAUCAGAAUUCAAACCACGUUUCGUGGGUACUUGGCAAGAAGAGCUUUGAGGGCAUUAAGAGGUCUAGUGAGAUUGAAGACACUGGUUGAAGGUCCUGCUGUGAAACGACAAACAGCGAACACGCUUAAAUGCAUGCAAAACUUGUCUCGCGUGCACUCUCAAAUCAAUUCUAGAAGGAUCCGAAUGUCCGAGGAGAAUCAAGCACUUCAAAAACAACUCCUUCAAAAACGCGCUAAAGAAAUCGAGAGCUUGCAGAUGGGAGAAGAGUGGAACGAUAGUCUGCAAUCAAAAGAAGAGAUCGAAGCAAAACUACUAAGCAAAUAUGAGGCGACAAUGAGACGGGAAAGGGCAAUGGCGUAUUCAUUUUCUCAUCAGCAACCAUGGAAGAAGUCAUCAAGGACAACAAACUUGCUCUUCAUGGACCCCACAAAUCCGCAAUGGGGUUGGAGCUGGCUCGAGAGAUACAUGGCGGCCCGCCCAUUAGCUGACAAAGAUCACGCAAGUGAUCACGCAUCGGUCAGAAGCGGUAUCAACAUCACCGGGAGCGAAAUCGCCAAGUCAUACGCCCGUCACCAACUCAACUCCACGCCUCCAACCCCGCAAGCAAAGGCGGGUGUUCCCAUCGGGUCACGAAAGUUCAAGCCGGGCCCAGAUGAGGACACGAAGAGUGUUUUUAGCGUGCAGUCGGAGAAGAAUCGAAGACAUAGCAUUGCGGGUUCUUCGGUUAGAGAUGACGAGAGUUUGGCUAGCUCACCGUCGGUUCCUAGCUACAUGGCGCCUACCAAGUCCGCGAAAGCUAAAUUACGCGGUCAAAGCCCGUUGGGCCCGGUUGAGAUCAAUGAUGUGACCACCCCGGAAAAAGGGUCGGGUUUGAACGCUAAGAAACGGCUUUCGUUUCCGGCGUCACCGGCUAGGCCUCGGCGUCAUUCGGGCCCGCCAAAGGUAGGAAGCAACAUUGGCAUUGGUGUGGAACAGAAUGUGUAGGCAAGUGAGUAAAGAAAGUAUUGUGCAAUGUUUAGUAAAUUAAUUCUAUAAGGUCUACUACAUUAAGAAAAGAAAAGAAAAGAAAGUAAAGAUUUAUUUGUUGUGAUUUAAGUUAUUUGAUUGAGGGAUGAAAGGUUAAGGUUUGUGUCUGAAUUCUUUCUUUCUUUCUUGUUUGUCUUGUGUGCAUGUUCAAAAUGAAUAUUAAAAAUUACUUUGAUUGAGAUUAAUUUUUUUAUUA